AACCGCUGUCUUUCUGGUGGUUUGUCAGCGGGCGCUUGACAGCCACCUCCAGGGAGGUGAAUGUACCCAAAUGUAGUAUUUAGCCUGCAAUAUCAAAGCUUUUAGAUAAGGGACAGAAAGUUAACUUUUGCGUUACACCGUCACGCGCCUGUCAAACCUCGGUGAAAUGGGAAACGGAAUAAAUAAGGUCCUGCCUGAUUUAUACCUGGGGAACUUCAAAGAUGCUCGAGACAGGGAACAGCUGGCAAGGAACAACAUCACCCACAUUCUCUCCAUCCACGACAGCGCCGCCCCGCAGUUACAGGAGAUGACAUACCUCUGCAUUCCAGCAGCCGAUCUGCCGACACAAAACCUGACCCAGCAUUUUAAGGACAGCAUCGCGUUCAUGCACGAAUCCCGGCUGAAGGGAGAGGGCUGCCUGGUGCACUGCCUGGCGGGCGUGUCCCGCAGCGUCACCCUGGUGGUGGCCUACAUCAUGACGGUGACGGAGCUGGGCUGGCAGGACGCCCUGGCCGCCGUGAGGGUGGCCCGGCCCUGCGCGGGACCCAACAUCGGCUUCCUGCGCCAGCUGGAGGAGUUCCAGAACACUCAGGCUGUGCAGUAUAGGCAAUGGCUGAAAGAGAAAUACAAAGGGAACCCAUUUAACGACGAGGAGGAGAUUAGGAUGCUAUUGGCCAAGAACCCGAGGUCCUGUGCGGAGGCCAGGCCCUCAAGGAACACCUGACAGGCGUCGCCAUGGUGACAGAUCACUGUUUUCAUCGGGACACAGCCACGGAUUGGAGCCUAAGCUCCAUGCCAGUCACGUCCUUUCAGUUCUUUCAAGUGUUGGACUGAACUGUGCAUGUGUUUGUUUGUUUUUUUGUGUACGUUUGUGUGUGUGUGUGUGUGCGUGUGUGUGUGUUGGGCUUUUCCUCUGAAGUGGAUGGGCAAGGAGAGCCAGUAUUGUUGAAUAUCAUGUGCAUUGGAGUUUGUGUUGGCUUGUUUGACAGGAAAAAAACCACUGCUCAACACCACUUUUAACCUAUGUAAAUACAUACAGGAUAUAUAUUCUUCACUCGGUUUUUAUAACAAUAAAUGAUAAUGCCAUUUCAUUGUAAUUUAUGUAAAAAAAAAUCUUACAAGUAUGCAAAACCAAAUUCUAUUUGAAACCUUUGUGAAAUAAUUAUUUUGUAUUUCAUUUUGCACAAUAAUCAAGUUUGUUAGAUAGUAGGUGUCCUGAAUGUCUCAAUGAAUAAAAAAGUUUGAAAGCGUA